AGACUUCUGGACUCAGCCGGGGCUUUACUCCCUGGCAAUGCAGGAGUAACAGCAGCGCGUGUGUUGGAAAGAACAUUUUUGUUGCAGCAGAAUGGAGUACGGCACUGCUCCUACUCGGCAUCAAGGAAGAAUCUGUAUAUUAACAAAAAUACCAAGGUUAUCUGUCAGGGUUUUACAGGCAAACAGGGCACCUUUCACAGUCAGCAGGCAUUGGACUAUGGCACCAAUCUAGUUGGAGGAAUUUCUCCAGGGAAAGGGGGAAAAACUCAUCUGGGUCUGCCUGUGUUUAAUUCCGUGAAGGAGGCCAAAGAACAAACUGGUGCUUCUGCCACUGUUAUAUAUGUCCCUCCUCCGUUUGCUGCUGCUGCCAUCAACGAAGCAAUCGAUGCAGAAAUGCCCUUAGUUGUAUGCAUUACUGAAGGUAUUCCCCAGCAGGACAUGGUUCGGGUUAAACACAGACUGCUUCGGCAGGAUAAGACUCGGCUAGUGGGCCCCAACUGCCCUGGAGUCAUCAAUCCUGGAGAAUGUAAAAUUGGUAUCAUGCCUGGUCACAUUCACAAGAAGGGAAGAAUUGGUAUUGUGUCGAGAUCUGGAACCCUGACAUACGAAGCUGUUCAUCAGACAACACAGGUUGGAUUGGGGCAGUCUUUCUGCGUUGGAAUUGGAGGCGAUCCCUUCAAUGGAACUAAUUUUAUUGACUGCCUUGAUGUCUUUCUGAAGGAUCCUCAUACUGAGGGGAUCAUAUUGAUUGGGGAGAUCGGAGGAAAUGCUGAAGAAGAUGCAGCAGCGUUCUUGAAGGCAAAUAAUGCUGGUCCAGAUGCCAAGCCGGUAGUGUCAUUCAUCGCUGGUCUGACCGCUCCUCCAGGCAGGAGGAUGGGUCACGCUGGAGCAAUCAUUGCUGGGGGAAAGGGUGGAGCUAAGGAGAAGAUAGCUGCUCUGCAGAGCGCCGGGGUUGUCGUCAGCAUGUCUCCUGCUCAGCUGGGUAGCACCAUCUACAAGGAGUUUGAGAAGAGGAAAUUGCUGUAAGAGAAGACACUUUGGAAUACGGUCACCAAAACCUCAGUGCAGCACCCAGCCUCCGCUUAUCUUUCGUCUGCUAAUCUUCAGUUGCCCAAAUGACUGACACUGGUCUGUGAAUUUGACUUGGAAGCCAUAAACCUCCUGGCUAAACCUGUUUUGAUGUCUCCUUGGUUCAGACAUUAUCACCUCAUUGUAAAUCACAGCACAUUAAUAAAUCUACUACUAAAUCUGAUUCAA